AAAGCAACAACAAUGAAAAUGUUCGGCAGACGCAAGCAGAGAUCGAAAUCGGAGGACAACUUUCAGGCAAACAAAAUUAAUCGGAAAAGUCACCCGGACUUAUUGUUAGCUUCUCGUAAAUACUAUUUAUUACGACUCUGCAAUUUAUUAUAAAGCGCAUGCGUUAAAAUAUAACAAGUACACAUAGUUAUCAAAGUAUAAAGGAGCUAUGCUUUGUUUAAAAGAAACACAAAAGUAUAUUUUAAUUUUAAUGUUUUUUCUCAUAAUUCUAUUACCUUCAAAAAUUGAUGCUGACGAAAAGAAUAUCAAUAGACUGUUAAACAACCAAGCUGUUGUUAGUCGCCAAAUUAUGUGUAUUCUUGAAAAAAGCCCGUGUGACCAAUUGGGACGACAACUAAAAGCUGCUCUACCUGAAGUUAUAACAAGAAAAUGCCGCAAUUGCUCACCGCAACAAGCUCAAAGUGCACAAAAGCUGACAUCGUUUUUGCAAGCUCGCUAUCCGGACGUUUGGGCAAUGCUUUUGAAAAAAUAUCAGAAUGUCUAAACAUGUUGCAUGAAUUUAAUUGUUAUUGUAAGAACGCACAGAAUACAUAACUCGAAAUUUGCAAGCUUAGUUAAGUGAUUAUUAUUUUAUUGUAAGUUUCUUACUGUAAUAAGUAAAAUAUACGCCAAAAAAACGCCGUUUUAAGCAAAACA